AUGGAGAACAUAUUAACCGCAUUUACAAAAAAAAUUGAAUAUCGUCUUCAACAAUUAGAAGAAAGAUUAAUUAAUCAAGUUACUAUGAUAGAGAAGAAAGUAGACAAUCUCAAGUUCACCACAAGCAUACUAGAAACAGUAAUCUAUGAAACUAUUUUACCUGUAAUAAAAGUGGUACAUAAAUGUUCCUUUAACAACACUCGAAACACAUCAGCGCUUGAUGAAUUAACAAAAUACAGUAAUGAUAUUACCUAUUUAUUGACUAAAAGAGAUAACAACCAGUUAAGCAAAGAAAAUGCUAAUCCAAGUGGUAGCCGAGUGACACAAUCAUCAUUCAACAAAUCAGGACAAACAACUCCAAUGCAACAAAAUGACAGUUUAUCGACGUUAUCCGAAUGGUAUUCAAAUACGAACAAGAAAGAAGUAGUAGAGAAGUGGCUACAAGAAAGAAGGAAACCUGACCUCGGUACAACUAAUAUGACAAUUCUUCAUUACAAUAUUAGAUAUUUCCAUCCGAAUCAAUGCGAUCUGCUAGAUAUGAUCUCACAACAUAAUCCAACUGUAAUUUCUCUAAAUAAAUUAGGAACAAUAGUCUCGGACAAAACAAUAAAACAACUUCUGUUCUCGUAUAAUAUUUUCACGAGCAAAGGUACCAAUUCACAUGGUGGUGCAGUUUUGGCAGCGGACAAAAAGUUAAAUGCUGUUCCUUUAAACAUUCAUCAAUUAAACUGUGUGGCAGUUCAAGUGAUAGUUAAAAAUCAAACAUAUGUUUUAGCCUCAAUCUACUCACCACCUAAUGAACCAGUACCUUUAAAAACCAUGUCAUCAUUAAACCGAAUAUCGAAAAAUGUCAUUAUUGUUGGUGAUCUUAAUGUAAAACAUCCAAAUUGGGGAUGCACCUCAAUGCAUCAUAAAGGUAGAUUGCUAGUUGAAUGGCUAGAAAAUAGUGAUAAAUACGCAAUUCAAAAUCAUGGUAUGAAAAUAUCACUAAGAUCAGACACCACAAUAGAUCUUGUUCUUACAACACCAACUAUCUCCUUGUCACAUUGUGGAACACUUUCUUACACAGGUAGCGAUCACUUACCGAUACUGAUGGAAUUAAAUGGCAUCAGCCUACAAGAUAAUAAUUACACAAUUUCAAAGACUUACUGGUAA